AUGUCUGCCCCGUCUCUCGCCCCCUACAUCAUGAAGCGCCCGUGGCUGCAGCGCUGGAUGAAGCCGCUCGCCAACUGGUACUGCAACGCCGCCGGCUACAGGCAGCUCGGUCUGAGGGCCGAUGACUUGCUCCCCGAGGAGAACGACGUAGUUCAGACCGCCCUGAAGCGUCUCCGACCACAGGAAGCCUACGACCGUGUCUUCCGUCUGCGCCGAGCUUUCCAGCUCUCCAUGUCCCACCAGCUUCUGCCCAAGGAGGAGUGGACUAAGCCCGAGGAUGACACACCAUACCUCGCCGAGCUCAUCACAGAGAUCGAGUCCGAGAUGGCCGAGCGCGAGGACCUCGAGGCCAUGGUCAUCCAGAAGAGGCAGAAGAACGCCGCCCAGGCCACCGGACACUAG